CAUAUUCUAUUUUUUGCUGCAUUAAUUCCGGAAAUAUUCCUUUUGCGGCAAAAGACUUCAUCCCGAAUUUGACGUUUUGUCUGGUCAACGUUGCAGAGUGUUUUAGUUACUUUCUUGGUUAAGUAAUGAAUCCAUUAACAAAUGUUCGCAACAUCCAGAAGUUGAACCAGACUGAGCUACAACUCGGUAGUAUUGGCAAGAAGUCAUGGCACGACCAGUAUAAGGACAGCGCAUGGCUCUUUAUAGGCGGACUCCCCUAUGACCUGACAGAGGGAGACAUACUCUGUGUCUUCUCCCAGUAUGGGGAAAUUGUCAACAUAAACCUGGUGCGAGACAAAGGAACCGGGAAGUCCAAGGGCUACGGCUUCCUCUGCUACGAGGAUCAGCGCAGCACAGUGCUAGCUGUGGACAACCUCAACAGUAUUAAGUUGCUGGGCCGUAUUAUCCGUGUGGACCACGUGGAGAGCUACAAGAUUCCCAAGGAGCAUGGAGAUGAGGAUGAUGUCACAAAGAAGCUGAGGGAAGAGGGAUGUGCCCCCAAGAUCAAGUCGUCAUCCGAAGAUGAGGAAUCGUUUGUCGUUACCGUAAAGAAAGCCAAGAAAGUAAAAGAUCCAGAUAAGAAAUCAAAGAAGAAGAAAAAGAAAGAAAAGAAAAAGAAAAAAGUAGAAUCAGCAUCAGCUUCAAGUAGUGAGGAUGAGAGGUCACAUGACAAGAGUCAGCCAAUCAGGACAAAGAAAGAAAAGAUUGAUCCUUGGUUUGACCAACAGGAAAGACAAGGGGUUUCACCUGGGGACAGAUUUGAGAGGGACAGAAGGGAUGGGGGUGGGGGCUUUGAGAGAGACAGGAGAGAUGGGGGUGAGGGCUUUGAGAGAGACAGGAGAGAUGGGGGUGAGGGCUUUGAGAGAGACAGGAGAGAGGGUGGUGGGGGCUUUGGGAGAGAUGGGGGUGGGGGCUUUGGGAGAGAUGGGGGUGGGGGCUUUGAGAGAGACAGACGAGAAGGAGGUGGAGCCUUUGAGAGAGACAGGCGAGAAGGAGGCGGAGCCUUUGAGAGAGACAGGCGAGAAGGAGGCGGAGCCUUUGAGAGAGACAGGCGAGAAGGCGGCGGAGCCUUUGAGAGAGACCGGCGAGAAGGGGUUGGGGGCUAUGAGAGAGACAGACGAGAUGGGGCUGGGGGCUAUGAGAGAGACAGACGAGAUAUGGGCGGGGCCUUUGAGAGAGAUGGGGACUUUAAUAGGGAUUCUGGGUACAGAAAUGGAAUGGUCAGAUCACAAGAUAGGAGAAAUGAGAGAUUUGACAGAGGGAGGGAAGACAGGAGAGAUAAUGUAUGGAGAGACAGAGAGAGGGAGGAUUUCAGGCAAAGAAGGGGAGAUAACUCUGAGGAUCGAUUCCGAGGUGAAUUUAGAGACCGUGACAGAUACCGACGUGAUGACAGGAGUCAUGACGACAGAGCUGGAUAUGAUGAUCGACGGAGGUGAUAAUCUGGAUUUACCACAAGGGAAAAACAGACAUUUCUAUCCCUCGCUCACACUCUCUUGGCUGGUUGCAGUAGCUGGUACAUGCUAUUCAUGUGGACUAUGUCGAGAGCUACAUGAGCAUGUAGACGAGGAUAAAAUCUGAAAGAAGCAGAGAGACUUGAGAUGUCCUGCUGUGUGUGUCAGCGAGGUCUGUGUUCAUGUCAAACUGUGCUCAAUGUAAGUUGUGUCAUGUGUGCAUCCAGGUGAUAACAGAAUUAUAAUUUCAGCCAACAGCACCAGAAAUAUCUCUUGUCUGUGAAAUUUGGUUCCUCAAAACUACAUCAUGAUCAAAUAUCAAGUAUUCAGACAUUUUCCAAUCUCGUUAAAAUCAGAUCCUAGUUCUCGCUAUCGCUAAACAAAGAUCUUAGGACAUACCAUUAGGGGUCACGUCAGACUGACCUUGCGUGAACUUUGAGCGACCAAUGGAAUGAUUGUCAAGAAGUCGACAUUAGCCAAUCAGAAGGCAGCUUUCUUGUGCUUUACAGCACUAAUUUCAAAUUCGCGACUACGCUUCAAAACAUAUUUUGACAAAUUCUCGAUAAAAAAUUUGAAACCUGAACAAAAGAACAUUCUGGGAUGGCUAAUAGAUGGUAUAGAUUGUGUGGAUUCACUCGUUAAGCCCGUAACUAUCGUUCGGAAUACACCAUGUUAAAGUUUUCGAGGAUGCAUGAUUAGAAAUCACUUUCAUGAUCUGGUAAGUGACGCUCUGAUUGGUCGGAUGAAAGGUCGUUCUGACAUGACCCCUAAUGGGAUGUCCUCAGAUCUUUGUUUAGCGGUUGCAAGAACUAAGAUCUGAUUUUAAUGAGAUUUAAAUUUUCUGUUGUUUGUGUGACUGCUUGUCUCAGAUACUUCAUUGUACAUAAUCCAGCAAUCAUCAAUUUAUUAAUAAAAUACUUCAAAUGAGGCAUCUGGAAAUCCUG